AUGUGUGGUUUGGUGGUGGGGGGGGUUGGUGGGGGGGGGGGGGGGGGGGUGGGGGGGGUGGGGGUGUUUGGGGUGGUGGUUUGUGGGGUUGGGGGGGGGUGGGGUGGGUUGUUGUGUUGUUGGGGGGGGGGGAGGGGGGGGGGGGGGGGGGGUUGGGUGUGGGUGGGGGGGGGGGUGGUGUGUGGUGUGUUUGGUUUUGUUGGGGUGUGUAGUGGGGUUGGGGUUGGGUUGGAGGUGGGGUUGGGGGUUUGGGUUGUUUGUGUGGUUGGGGGGGGUGUUGUGUUGGUGUUUUUGUGUGUUGUGGGGGGGGUUUUUGUGGGGUUGUUUGGUUGGUGGUGUGGAUUGGGGUGUGUUGGGUGUGGUUGGGGGUGUGGGUUGGGGUUUGGUGGGGGUUGGUGGGGGUGGGGUGGGGGGGGUGGGUGGGGUUUUGUGGUUGUUUUUUUUUUGGGGGGUGUGGGUGGUUGUGUUUUGGUGGGGUGGGUUUUUUUUGUGGGGGGUGGUGGGGGGGGGGGGGUUGAGGGUGGGGGGGGGGGGGGGGGGGGGUGGGGUGUGGGGUGGUGGGUGGGGUUGGGGUGGGGGGGGGUGGUGGGAGGUGGGGGGGGUGGGGGGGGGGGGGGUGGGUGUUGGUGGGGGGGGGGGUGGGUGGGUGUGGUGGGGGGGGGGUGGUGGGGGGGGUGGGGGGUGUUGUGGUUGGUGGUGGUGUGUGGUUUUGUUGUUGGUGGUGUUGUUGGUGGUUGGUUGUGGUUGGGUGUUGUUGUUGUUGGGGUGGUGUUGUGGUUUGGUGUGGUGUUGUUGUGUUUUUUUGUGGUUGGAGUGGUGAUGUUGGGGGUGUGUUGUGGAUGGUUGUUUUUUGUGGUUGUGGUGUUGUUGUUGGUUUGGGGUUUUUUGUUGUUGUGUGGUGUUUGUUGUUGGUGUUGUGGUUGGUUGGUGUUGUGGUUGGGGGGUUUUUUUUUGUUGGGUGUUGUUGUGGUGGGGGGUUUGUUUUGGGUUGGGGGGGGGGGGUGGAUAGGGGGUGGGGGGGUGUGUGUGGGGGUUUUUUGUUGGGGGGGUUGGGGGUGUGGUGUGGGGGGGGUGGGUUGGGUGGUGGGGGGUUGGGGUGUGGGGGUUUGGUGGUGUGGUUGUGUGUUUGGUUGUGUGGUGGUGUGUUGUUGGUUUGUGGUGUUGGUGGGUGUGGUGUGGUGGUGGUUGUGUGGGUGGGUGGUGUGGGUUGGUGGGGGGGGUUGGGGGGGGUUGGGUGGGGUGUGUGUUGGGGUGUGUGUGGUGUGUGUUGGUGUGUGUGUGGUGGUGUUGGUGUUGUGGUUUGUGUUGAGUGUGUGGUUUGUGUGUGGUGGUGUGUGGGGUGUGUGUGUGUGUGUGUUGGUUGUGUUGUGUGUGUGGGGUGGGGUGUGGUGUGUGUGUGUGUGUGGUGUGGUGUGUGUGUGUGUUGGUGUUUUGUGUGUGUGGUGUGGUGUGGUGUUGUGUGUGUGUUGGUUUUGGUGUUGUGUUGUGGUUUGUGUGUGGUUGUGUGUGUGUGUGUGGUUUGUGGUGUGUGUGGGUGUGUGGUGGUGUGUGGUGGUGAGUUGUGGGGUGUGUUUGGUGUUGUGUGUGUGUUGUGUGUGUGGUGUGUGUGGUGUGUGUGGUGUGUGUGGUUUUGUGGUGAUGGGUGUGUGUGGGGUGGGGGGGGGGUGGGGGGGUUGUGGGGGGGGUUUGGGUGGGGGGUUGGGAUUGGGGUUUUGGGUUGUGGUUGGGUGGUGGGGUGUGGGGGGGGGGUGUGGGUGGGUGGGUGGUGGUUGGGGGUGGGUGGGGGUGGGUGGGGGGUUGGGGUGUUGGUGGGUGGUUGGGGGGGGGGGGGGGGUGGUGGUGGGGGGUGGGUGGGUUGGGUGGGGGGUUGGUGGUGGGUGGGGGGUUGUGGGGGGUUGUUGGGUGGGGGGGGUGUGGGGGGGGGUUGGGGGGGGAGGGUUUGUGGGGGGGGGUUGUGGGGGGGGGUGUGUGGGUUGGGGGGGGGGGGUGUGGUUGUGUGUGUGUGGUGUGUGUGGUGUGUGUGUUUGUUGUGUGUGUUGUUGUUUGUGUGUGUGUGUGUUGGUGUGUGUGGUGUGUUUUGGUGUGGGGGGGGUUGGGUUUGGGGUGUUGGUGGGGUUGGUGGGUGGGGGUGGGGGGGGGUGGUGGUGGGGGGGGUGGGGUGGUGGGUGUUGGUGUGUGGGGGGGGGUGUGGGGGGGGGGGGGGGGUGUGGGUGGGGUGGGGGGGGGGGGGGGUGGUGGGGGGGGUUAGGUGUUGGGUUUGGUUGGGGUGUGGGUGGGGGGUGUGUUGGUUGUUGUUUGUUGUUGGGUUGGUUUGUUUGGUUGGUGGGGGGUGGGGUUUGGUGUUUGUGUUUGGUGUUGUUGUGGUUGUUGUGGGUGUGGGUGGGUGUUGGGGGUUGGGGGGGGGGUGUUGGGGGUGUGUUUGGGGGUGGUUUGUGGGGGUUUUUGUUGGGGUGUGGGUUGGGUGUGUUGUGUAGGGGUGGUGGGGGUGGGGGGGUGUUUGGGGGGUGGGGUUGUGUUUGGGGGGGUGUGGUUGUUGUUUGGUUGUUGGGGGGGUGUGGGUUGGGGGGGGGGGGUGGUUGGGGGUGGGGGGGGUGUGGGGGUUGGUGUGUUUGGGGGGUGUGUGUGGUUGGGUGGGUUGUGGGUGGGUUUGUGUUGGUUGUGGUGGGAAUUGUAGAUAGUGGUGUGGGGGUGUUGGGUGGGGUGGGGGUGGGUGUGGGGGGGGGGGGGUGGGGGGGGUUUUGGGGGUGGUUUUUGGGGGGUGUGGUGGGGGGGUGGUUGGGUUUUUUUGGUGGGUGUUGUUUAUUAGUUUGUUUUGUGUGUUGGUGUGUGUUGGGUUUUUAUUGGUUUGUGGUGGGGGUUUGGGGGGGUGGGGGGUGGGGGUGUGUGUGUGGGGUUGUGGGGUGGAUUGGGUUGGGGGGGUGGGGGGUUUGGUGGUUGGAGGGGGGGGUGGGUUGUUGUGGGGGGUUGUGUGGUUUGUGGUUGGGGUGUUUUGGGGGGGUUUGUGAGGGGUGUGGUGUUGGGUGUGGUGGGGUGGGGUGUGUGGGGGGGGUGUGGUGGUGGGUGUGGGUUGUGGGGGGUGGGGUUGUGUGUGUAGUUGUGGUGUGGUGGGUUGGGGGGGGGGGUUUGGGGGGGUGGUUGGUUGUUGUGGGGGGGUGUUUUGUUUGUUGUGGAGUUGGGGUUUUUUGUGGGGGGGGGGGUGGGUGGUGUUUGGUGUUGGGGGGGGUGUGGGUGGGGUUGGUGUGGUGGGUGGGGUUGGGGGGGGGUUUGGGGUGGGGGGGGGUGUGGUGGGGUUGUUUGGUUGGUGGUGGUGGGUGUGGGGGGUGUGUGUUGGUGGUGGUGGUGGGGGGGGGGGGGGGUUGGGGGGGGUUGUGGUGGGGGUGGGGUGGGGGGGUGUGUGUGUGGUGGGUGUUGGUUGGUUAUUGGUUUUUUGGUUGUUGUGUUGUGGGUGGUGGGGAGUGUGUGUUGGGGGGGGGUGGGGGGGGGGUGGUGUUGUGGUUUGGUGGGGGGGGGGGGGUGUGGGGGGUGGUUGUUUGGUGUUUGUUUUGGUUGGGUGUGUGUUGUUGA